AGUUUUACAUUUUUAAACGCAGCCACAUAGCACACCGCGUGUUUUGAAGUCAUAUAAGCGUUUGUUUAGAAACUUUUUUUUUUCUUGGCGGAGGGAUCUUUACGUGACGUCACCGCUGGCUCUGGCGUGGAGCGUAAUUUGAAUCUCUCCCCUUCUAACGUUUGUGGGGUUUUUUAGGAUUACAUAUUGAGAUGUCAAUGCUUUUUAUGACACACUAGUCCAUACAUGUGUUUUAUAUAUAUAUUUAAAGAGAAACAGCCACUUUGCCUCUUUUAGUUAGGUUAAAUUAACAAGAUGGCUACCUUGGAGAUGAACACCGAGGGAGAUCAGAUGGAGAAAAUGCUGUCCCCCUCAGAAGUGGACUCCCCUCCAGUUUUAAAUGACACCUCAGCGUCCCUGAAUUUCUCCGAGCUCACACCUUGUCAGUUUGGCAUCUCUGUGCAGAGUUUUACUCCAGCAUCAUUAACAAAUAGCAAAGAUAAAUCUCGUCUAGCACAAAUAAAGGGACGACGGAGGUCCAACAUUGGAGCCCGCGGCUCCCCAGAGACGAACUCCCUCAUCCGCUUCAUGGCACAACAGAAGAUGAAAACUCCACCAACCUUCCAAACCCCAGAGCUUGUCAGAAGUAGCCCCUUCCGUCCCCGGGUGGCCUCCACGCUGAGGCAGAAGAUGGCCUCCUUCCAGAGCCUGAUGGAUGUGGAAGAGAGUGAGGUCUGUGAUCCGAUGCCAAGGCGGGACAGCAACACUGGAGGAUGCAUCAAGACAAGAGAUUAUCUGUCUGAUAGGAACAGCCACUAUGGAGGGAAGGAGAACCACCCACCAAUGAUGACGCCCAUACCCAGCAAGAGGAGGCGCCUGGGCCCCAUCGAGGGCUGUGAGGUGGAGAUUAGAGAGGCCAGCGCUCCUAUCCUCCACUUGAGUUUGAAGAAGCAGGAGGAAGAAGAAGAAGAAGAAGAACCAGUGAUGCAGGUUGUGACACAAGGACCACUGACAUCCAGUGAGACUGUGGAAGAGGCUCAAGCUGUGCUUAUAUCCCCAACCCUGCUCAUUGACCAUGAGCUCCAAGCCUGUUCUCCUGAUAAGAACCAGCAGGACGAUGUCUUUGAACUCCAAAGCCUCUGCCGACCACCACCCGAUGAUUCUGCAGCCGCUUCACCAGCCCGGCCUGCCCCCCUCUUCCACAUCCCCUCUAUUCCUUCUCUGUUGGAGAUGAAGCCCACAGGAGAGGAUGACUCCAGCGGGACAUCCACGGUUAAGAAGACAAAAAAGAGGGUGCGCUUUGGAGGUCCGCUCUCUCCUGAGUUCUUUGAUAAGAACCUGCCUCCCAGCACACCGUUACAGAAGGGGGGGACGCCGGCCCGGGCCCCCACACCAGGUGGGAGCUUACAGCCGCGCUCAGCACUGAAGACACCACAGAGGAGUGAAACCCAAACAACACAAGCACAGCCGGAUCUCUGCAGCCCCGCUGGGUUUGGAGCCUCGCCUACUCUUGCAAUGCCUCGCAACCGUAGAGCGCUGUCGGAGGGAGAGGACAGUGAAGGGAUGGAUGGAGAAGGAUUGAUUGUUUUCCCUUUAAUGGAGGAGAUUGACUCUGCGGGGAGCAGAAAUACAGAAUGUACGUGGGAAGCCCAGCCAUUGAAUUUAAACGCUGCUUUCUACGAGGAGUCUCUUUCUCAGAUUCUGACAGAGUCUGAGGCCAAUCCCAACACAACCUCUCUGAUGGAUGCCCUGGAUGAGCCUACACCCUUACCAGAGAAGGAAACGCAACAUGAAGCCGUUGUGGAAGCUCCAGCUCCAGCCCAAUCUAAAAACCAAAGGAAAAAGCAGCCCGGACCAGAGCGAGCACCUAGCAGCGAGGCUCCAGCUCACUCCAGCAGCAGAAAGAGAAAGCAGCCAGAGGAGAGCGAACCUGUGAAGAGGUCGACGCGCUCCGCUGCCAAGUCGGCCUCUGGGAAGAUGAAGAGGACCGCCGCAGCGACGCGGCGAUGGAACAGGGACGUGGACCGCUCCCUGUACGGCUCUCGGGCAUACGCCUCCAAGAACCCCAACCUGAGUCCCAUCACUGAGAGGUUGGCCCUCAUCGGCCAGACUGAAGCAGCACAGCAAGUUCCCUGUACGGGCUGCACAGCCCCAAAUCAUGAGACCCACUUGGACCCUGAGAUGGCUAACGACACUCAGGCGACAGGUGACCACGCUGUGACAAACUCUUCCGUCACAUCUCCAAACUCCAGUAAAGAAAGUACGACAGCGAAGAGCAGGAGGCUGUCUGGGCCGAGAGUCAGAGGGAGAGGACGGAAGAAGAAGGAGGUCGGUGUUGCUAAUGAUACCCCGCUCAGUGAGGAGACUCUGGAUCAGACUCUGGAUCAGACCGGAGGAAACACCGAGGAGCUCUGUGAUGACCAAACUACUACUACAAACCUCGAGGCGUCAAGCGAAACCCCGCUGAACUGCACUGAACCGGAGCAAGGAAAAGAAGACACUGAACAUAAUGAACAGAUUCCUGCAGAAGCAGAUACAGAUGCACUCUGCACAGACUCUGAUGGGAAAUUAGAAUGCCAUGAAAGUCUGGAUGCACCCACCCCAGACUGCCCACCUUCAGGUGGAGAAUCCAACAACACUACGAGUCGUACAGAAAAGAAAAAAGCCAUGAAGGUCAGGAAGAGCUCUGUAAACAUCUCAGUGCUACAUGAGCAGGAGAACAAAGCAGAGAAGGAGAAGGAACAGGGAGGCCGAGCGGCGAGCCAGCAGGAAAACAUCCGGUCAAGCUCUGAUAGCCAGGAGGAAGCGGGUGUAGCCGACCUACACCUCGCCCCAUGGCAGGCUGACUUUAACUUCGAAGAUGUGUUCAAACCUGUCGCCACUAGAGGGCAGCGCUCGGUACGCCGCAGCCUGAGGAACCAGAGCAACGCAGAGCACAGCAGCAACAGUGCAGGUCUCGCCUGGCUGGCUUGGACCUCCCCUGACACCAAUAAAGAGUCCCGCAGGAGGACCCGGGGCCGCCGGCUCAGCGCCGCUCCACCCGUCCCAGCCUCACUCCCCGAGGAGACACAAGACGACGCUUCGUGAGACUUUAAAACCGACUACAUGACCAUGAACUAAGACUAAAGGGGCGAUGACUAAUAGAUUCAUCUAAUCUUCAUACCUACCAAUCCUGUUUGUUUCAGAUUAGAUUGGAAUGAUUUUCCAAAGAGCCGACUGAUUGUUUUGUAUUUGCUGAAACAUCGAUGCCUUUGUUCCCUGUGAAUUAUUAGAGCUGACCAGUAAUUUGUAGCCAGUUUCCUCUCCGCUUACCAAGCCAGUCAAUAAACCCUGUGAGCCCAAUCAUCUCUGCUGACCACCUCCCAAUCAAUAUCCAAGCACUCAGCUGGUAAUCACAGAGCAUCUUCAGACCCGCUCUCCAAAGUCAUUGGAUCGAGCAUCUCCAAGUCAAUAUCUGCUCUUUGUGGAUAGAUGAAGAUGGCUGCACUGCAUUCACCACCUGCCAUGCAAGGCUGGGCAGGACGAAGGGAUAAUAAUAAUAAUGGAAUAGUAACGGGGGGGAUUCUGCCUUACACACAGAAAUCUAAUUGCUAGGCUCAAACAAUUCUGUUUAUUUGUGGUUGCUGGAGUUUUUCCUCUUUUUUUCUUAUUUUUCCCCCCUCCCAGUGAUUUAAACUGAUGACAUACACGUAAAUGUCCAGAAGAGGUCACCGUCCCAUUACAUUACCUGAUCUUUUAACGAAUGUUUUUAAAUAUGUGAAUAAGGUUGAAAUUGGUUUAAACGUUGCACCAAAUCAGAAAGAAGUUUGCGUGUUCUCAGUGACUUUCCUGGAAUGUCAAGAUGUACCUUGCUAUAUACUCUUAUUCUGAUUAAAUGCUUUGGUUGCAAGUAAAGACAUCUCAUUAAAUCAAAUUGUGUUCAUUUAAACGGAUGAUUUAAUCUCACUUGAAAGGGAUUCAUCCGGAUAAGAAACCAGCUGUGUGGUCAGUUCAGUUCAAGUACAGCAGCUCUCCUUUCACAUAAACCACGUCGCUUCAUAAAUUAUCAACCUCAUCUACAUUUUGAACACAGCCAAAUGUCUGGCAGGAAAUUGACCUCUGACCUCUCCAGAUUCCAACCAGUCAGAGAUUCACAAUCCGCUCCUCUUUACCGGCUCCAUCCAUCUGUCGGAGAGAGCGGUAAUAAAUUGAGUUUCAAAUUCAGUUCACAUUGGAAAAUUGGCUCCUGGAAUGAUGCAUGGCUGUAAUCUAUCCAUCAGCGGGUAAUUGACUCGCUCCUUUUUUUUUUUAUUUUUUUUAACAUCCAGUCAGAGGCACUUGGCUGAAGGACACCAGAGGUUUUCUGGCUCUCAGUGAGCCAAGGUCUCUUCUGCUCUCCCACCGGGAGACUGAUGGACAGUCAUAGUCACCACGAGGGUUCUGGAUCAAUGCGGUGGGGCUACUGUGCCAUCUAGUGGUGGACAUAGGGAGCUGCAGACGGCUGUGAUUCAUCUGGCAACUUUCUCAACUAUGAAGAGAUGAAGGAAGUUACAGGAAGUGAUGUGAUGCUAUCACCAGGAGAGGAAAUCAUUUAGUAGUUUAUUUGUGUCAAAGGGGCUUUUGUUUGUUGCUGCUUCUGAAUAAGAACAACCUGAGGCCUGAGUGCUUCCUGUUUGUUUUUUCACAGCAUCAUGUGCUCAUGUUGGGUCUGUGUCUUAUCCCACAGACUGAUUUUAAAAACUUGUAACCGGGAGCGUCUUUGUGAAUGGGCUGUUUUUAAGUGUGUGUGUGGUGGGUGGGUGUGUGUGUGAGUGUGUGAGAGAGAGAGAGAGUGUGGGGUGUGAAGGCGAAGCCCCUGUCCCUGGCAGACGGGCAUAGUGAAGACGGCUUAACACAAGAACAAUGGGGUCCUUUGACCAAAACGACGCCCCCAAGACAUGUGGCCUCCUGUCACCGUGGCAACCCCCCAUGGGACAGGGAACGGGGGCUGACAGCUGGAGAGGAGGACUGACAAAAAAAAAAAAAAAAAAAAAUGGUAGUCCAUUUCUUUCCACUGAAGCUUCCCUCCUCUACAUCUUUUCUGUCUCACCCUGUCCUCCUCCACUCAGGGCCCUUAUGAAUGUGCGUUACAUCUCAUUUUACAACUUCAUGUGAUUGACCUUACAGGGGCCCGAGUCACCACCUACAGCCCAUCCAACUCCUCCACACACAAAAAAGAAGUCAACAAUAAAUCCAGUCUUUAUGGGCUCUUGUUGCUGCCGGUAAUAAGAGAGAGCAUCGAUCUCGUUGACAAAUACGAGGCUGAGCCACAAGACUUCACGCUCGCUGUAGGAUACACUUGAUUUUACGCCUCAUUUUAAAACGGAUGAGGACUUUCUGCGCAGACACAAAGCAGCGUAAUGAGUUAUUUGUACUGCCAGAUUUAGAGACUUUUUUUUCUUCUUUCAAUUAGUUAAUUAGUAGCUGAAUGGUACUAAGUUGUCUCGCCGCCUCGGUCUUUUCUGCUCUCGAUGCUGUGAGCCUUCUAUUAUUGAUGCUCGGAGGCUCGCUCUCUAAGCUGUGCACAGCUCUCCUCCGGAGCUACAGACAGCAGGAGGAGGGCAACAAACAAAGGCGGGACAGCAACACCAGAUCCUCCAGCUACUCUCCGUUUGCUUCUUCUGUCUCAGUGUGUCUGUGCUACAGCUGUGGUUGGCUCAGACCUGCUUCAAACAGCUGCCUCACUGCAUCCUGCCCUUCUAGUUUUUAUUAGUUGAAGAAUGCUUUAUAGUUAUUCGGGGAAUAAAUCUGACGUUCAUAAACAAAACAUUGUAUUGCGAUUGCUGUACUUGAACCAUUUUCGGCGGCAAUCAUUUUGUAGUGGGAAAGUUUUACUUUUUUUUUCGAACUCUUGGUGUCUUUUUUAGUUUUCUAGCAUAAUAACGUGCAUUUCUAAAUUCCAUCUUUUAGUUUUUCCAUCUACUUAAUAUCAAGAUUGCCAGUUUAGUGUGUUUUCUUUUCAGUAGAACAAGGUCAUGAAACAUUUAGAGGUAUCAAUCUUACUGCAGGUGCAUUGGGACAUGAACAAUAUUAAUUAAAUGUUGUUUUUUUCAGUAAUACGUUCUUUUUAUUUAAGUUAUAUAAGGCUUUUGAAGUUGGCUUUGAGGACAUUUUUAUAGGCCUUCACUGCCAGUAACUUCCACAUCUCUGUAAACGGCUUGCUGAACGCACACCGAGCUGCUUUUCCAAAGCUUCGCUAAUUAAUGUACAUCUGUAACAUCAAUCCAUUAAGUGGUGGUCUCUACCUCUGUCAUUUUGUAACAUGUUUCUUCAGAUCUGUUUGUAUCUGCCUCAAGUUUAACCUGCAUUUAGUGCAAUACUUCUCAUAUCUGUCACA